CAAGUAAGUGAGAUUAACAAAUCAAUGUAUAAUAGUUUAACAUACAUAAAUCAUAAAAAAAUAAUAGACUAAAAAUAAAACAACAAUACGAAUGCACCGCCCAACGGGCGGGUAAAAAGCUAGUAUUCUUAACUGAUGAAACUGAUUUUUUGUCUUCUCUUUCUCUCUUCAAAGUUGGGAGGGGUGGGUAUUAGGGUACGACCGGGUGGGUUCAGAGCUAUUGAAUUGGUUUGGUUGUGUGGGUUAAUUGGGAUGGUUAGAAUAAAAAUUAAUAUUUUUAGUGACGUGUCAUGUUGAAUAGGUAAAAGAUUGCGGAGUUUUGGAUGAGAGUAGACAGAUUGGUUAAUUAGUGUUCACUCAAACUUGUUUUAUCGAAACGUGCAAAAUUAAGAAAUAGUGAUCGUUUUGUACAAAAUGAAUAGAUUUGUUACAUCAUUAGCCUUACUUUUAACAGCUCUAUUCCAUUCCCACAAACUCUACAAAAUUUCACCGCAAAGUUCAUCUGCUGUUUACCGCCGGCGAGGCGCCACCUGGGUCUUCUCGCUUGCGUCACAAUCUGCGGACUCGACAAUGGCCGCUUCUCUGACGCGAUCCUUAAUUUCCCCCCUCACGAGCCGAACCCCUGCGAAACCCUCGCGCUCCGAUCAAUCGCCGCAGCUGCUAAGACGGCGCUCCUGCGUGUCGGUGCGAGCCUCCACAUUCGGUAACAACAAUUCGUCUGAUGGAGCUGUUCCCGCUGCAUGCAAUGUGCUUACCCAGGAUUCGCCUCCGAGGCGUUUGACGUCGGCGCCAGUGCCUAAUUCAGAGUGCGGUGGUUCUCCCCUCCGCGUUGCUUAUCAGGGGCUCUGUGGGGCACAUAGCGAAUCUGCUGCCCUGAAGGCAUAUCCCAACUGCGAGCCAGUGCCUUGCGAUCAAUUCGAAACUGCAUUUGAAGCUGUUGAAGCUUGCUCUGUGGACAGAGCUGUGUUACCCAUCGAAAACUCUUUGGGUGGGAGUAUCCACAGAAAUUACGACCUUUUACUCCGACACAGGCUACAUAUAGUGGGAGAAAUAAAAUAUGCUGUUCGUCAUUGCUUGCUAGCAAAUCAAGGUGUUAAAGUUGAACACUUGAAGAAGGUUCUAAGUCAUCCCCAGGCACUUGCUCAAUGUGAAUAUACGUUAACCAGGUUGGGAUUGGUUAGAGAAGCAGUGGAUGAUACUGCUGGUGCAGCAAAGCAUGUUGCACUCGAGAAAUUGGAGGACACAGGAGCUGUUGCUAGUUCCGCUGCAGCUGAAAUCUAUGGCCUAGAUAUAUUAGCAGAAGACAUUCAGGAUGCCUCUCUCAACGUUACAAGAUUUCUGAUGUUGGCGAGGGAGCCCAUAAUUGCAGGCAAUGAUCGUCCCUUCAAGACAAGCAUAGUCUUUUCACUUGAGGAGGGCCCUGGAAUGCUUCACAAGGCUCUUGCAGUUUUUGCAGAGAGGCAAAUCAACCUCACGAAAAUCGAGAGCCGCCCUAUGAGGUGGAGUUCUCUGACAUCUCCUGGAGUGGAUGGCAAUGGACUUCAGAAAUGCUUUCAUUAUCUGUUCUAUGCCGAUUUUGAGGCUUCAAUGGCUAGUGAUGAUGCUAAAAUGGCCCUGCAAGAUCUGGAAAAGCUCGCAACAUCCUUGCGAAUUUUAGGGAGUUAUCCAGCUGAUACUACCAUGCCAUGACGACACUCCUGGAAUACAGUAUGCAUUUACCCGAUUGAUUGCUUUGCAUAUGCUUCAUUUCUUCAGUUCUUAAGACGACACUCGGAAGUCCAUUUGUACCACCAUAAAUCUUCAUUGGUUCUGAUUGCCAAUGCAGGUGAUGACCGGCCGUGAGCCGCAACCAAUCCUCCCUACUUCUGAUUUUGCCUUCCCCGGUACAGAAUGUUUAGCUGCAGUUUUUGCAGAGAUGAUUAGAUGCACUAGUGUGUGAUGGAUCACCCAAUGAUGGCCACCACCAUGAACACCAUUCUUCGUACGUGGCUAGAGGGCCGGCCCAAAAAGCCCAUCAACGUAGGAGUACUGCUGCUGCUGUCAUAGGAUAGCUUUGAUUUUUGGUAGGAUCACUGUCACCCUAAGUGAUCUGUUCUUGGUUGAUUCUUAGGUGAAACGAUCACCUAAAGUGAUCCCUGCAUAGCUGUUGGGGGCGGACACCAUUAAGCAAUUCUUGGAUUGGCCUUUGAGGGUAGAGAUCAUCUUAGAUCUCAGGAGAGCAGAUAGUAUCUUCAUUGCAAUCGAAUCCCAGUCAUUAAAUCUUAUAGAGCAGAUAAUCUUAGGCCAGUCCAAUUUCUUUAAUUACUAAAAUAAGUAAAUGCUCCAUUCAUGCAUAAUUACGGGAGAUUAAGCCGAUCCAACCGAGACACCCUGAAGCUCGUUGGGACAGACAAUGCUUGUUUGGGUUAACAAGAUGCCUAGUACUCUUGCUCAUUUCUCUUUGGAGGAAGGAGUAUCAGUAUGGUUAUGUACAAUCUCCUACUUUUGUUCUUGUUCUGCAUAAAUAGGUUGAAAUAAAAAACUGAACAUUAGGGAUGGCAACAAAACCCGAACCGACGGAUACCCACUCGACCUAACCCGGUUAACGCAGGUGAAACCUGUGUUGACGGGUUUUGGGCCGGGUUCGGGUUUAAACCCGCUACACUAUUCAUCGAGUUGGAUUGGGUUUAGGUUUAGGUAAACCCACCCAUGGGUACCCGCUCGCACAUAUAAUUACUUUCUCGGUAUAUUUAAUAUUUUAAACAACUAAUAUUCUUAAUGUUUGUGGAGACUUGUAUAAUUUAUUUUUUCUAAUUGUUUAGAAUGAAGUUGAUAUUAUGGA